UAUCCAUCCACAAUGACUAUGCUAAGAGGAUUCUUGUAUGCUGACCUCAUUGAGGCAGAAAACCUUCCCGAUUGUGAUACAGCAUUUUUCAACAUUGAUCCAAAAGAUACAUCUGAUCCUUUUGCACAAAUCAAAAUAGGGUUGACAGACAGUAGGUGGUUUGAUGUGCGCAUUGCUGAUGUAUAUGUGAGGCGUUCAUUCUUCCUGGAUGUCUGCAUGAUCUUGUAUGCUUAGUACCUGUUGAAAGUUUACUUAUUAAAUACUCCAUCAUCCAAAUACAAUAUUAGUACUCUACUAUUCUGGUUAUCUAUUCACAAUGACUUUGCUAAGAGGAUUCUUGUAUGCUGACCUCAUUGAGGCAGAAAACCUUCCUGAUUGUGAUACAGCAUUUUUCAACAUUGAUCCAAAGGAUCUAUCUGAUCCUUUUGCACAAAUCAAAUUAGGUACAAGUAUUAUCUGCAAGACAGAUUUUGUUAACAAUGAUGCGAACCCAAAAUGGCAGGAAUCAUACAGGAUACCAGUUUGCCAUGUUGCUGAUAAAUUACAGGUACAAGUCCUGGAUAAAGAUCAUGUAUCUGCUGAGUUGUUGGGUGAGGUUACUAUACGAGUGGAAGAUCUCUUGGAUGGUGAAACUUUGGAAGGGUGGUACCCUCUUACUGGAUGUGAGGGCCGAAUUAAUUUGAAAUUGAAUUAUGUUCCUAAAGAAGCUAUUGAAGCAACUUUUGAAGUGCCUGACUGUUACUUUGAACUCCGAGAAGGUUGUAAAGUCACUCCUUAUCAGGAUGCUCACUGUCCCCCACUACCAAUUUUUGAAAGUAUACCAACUGCCAGUGGUGAAACAUAUGAUGCCCCUUGUGCAUGGACUGACUUAUAUAAGGCAUUGAAUAAUGCCCAGAGGCUUAUUUAUGUUACUGGGUGGAGUGUUUAUACAGAGACAAUAUUGGUAAGAGGUGGUGAUGAUUGUGACCAUGAAGGCAAAGGGGAAACUGUAGGAGAACUAUUAAAAAGGAAGGCAAGCGAAGGGGUUCGUGUUCUUAUCAUGGUGUGGAAUGAAAAGAUGAGUAAUGGUGUGACCCAAGGUUUUAUGGGAACCCAUGAUGAAGAGACAAGAAGUUAUUUUGAGGGCAGUGACGUUGAGGUAGCUGUUGUUCCAAGGGUGAGAUUAUUAGGAGGUUUGACAUCAUUCUUUCAAAAUCAGUUUGCGCAGACUUGUUACACACAUCAUCAAAAAACAGUAAUUUUAGAUGUUCCCCCUCUGGAAGGAGAAGAAUUACCCAGGCUUCAGGCUUUUGUAGGUGGUCUUGACAUCACAAAUGGAAGAUAUGAUACCCCAGAGCAUGAACUAUUUAGAACUUUACAGAAUUUGCACCAAGGGGACUUCUAUAAUGGAGUUACUACUACAACAAAUGAGGAAGGGCCCCGUGAGCCUUGGCAUGAUAUUCAUUGUCGAUUAGAUGGGCCAAUAGUCCUGGAUGUUCUUACCAAUUUCACUGAGCGUUGGGGACAGCAGGUGUUAGAUAGACAUUCCCGUUUGCUGUCAAUUUCAAAUGAAGAGUUUCUUCUUGAUGCCCCUGCAGUUUGUGAUGAAGGGUCCUUGUGGAAUGCCCAGCUGUUCAGGUCAAUCACUUCAGAUUCAGCUCUCUUUGAUUUUGAUAAGGUUUCUACCAUCCCCAAAAGGAAGGGAAAAUAUGUAGAUGACAGCAUACAUCGGGCCUACAUUCACAACAUUAGACGUGCUGACAGUUUCCUUUAUAUUGAAAAUCAGUAUUUCCUUGGGUCUGCAUAUAGCUGGAAUGAUGAACAGGGUACCAAAGCACAUCAUCUAAUACCACAAGAAAUUGCUCAGCGCAUUGUUGAGAAGAUCAAUGCUGGGCAGCACUUUACUGCAUAUAUUGUAGUUCCUAUGUUUCCUGAAGGGGACCCAGUCAGUGGUCCUGUCCAAGAAAUCCUACACUGGCAGCAUCGUACAAUGGAAAUGAUGUACCGUGAUAUAGCCCGGGCUAUUGAAGCAAAUGAACUGGACACUCAUCCAAGAGAUUAUCUGUCCUUUUUCUGUUUAGGAAAAGGAGAAUGCCCUGAUGAGAUCCCUGAAGAUCUACCAGCUCCUCAACCUGGUACCCCAGCUAGUGUUCUAAGAGAGCAGGCACGGCUUAUGAUUUAUGUUCAUUCAAAAAUGAUGAUUGUGGAUGAUGACUAUAUCCUCAUAGGCUCAGCAAACAUUAAUCAGCGUAGUAUGGGUGGUACGAGGGAUUCAGAAGUUGCUGUUGGAUGUUUUCAGCCCCUUCACAUGCGAGAAGUUUGUGGAGAGCCACGUGGAGCAGUUCAUGAAUUUCGGAUGUCUCUUUGGGCUGAACAUUUGAAUGGUGUGGAGGAGGUGCAUCACAACCCUGGCACCAUAGAAUGCAUGAGAGCUGUUAAUGUAGCAGCUGAUGAUAAUUGGAGUGCCUAUGCUGGAACAGAACCGUGUAAAGUUGAUGGUCACUUGAUGCGCUAUCCUGUUGAAGUAUGUCAAGAUGGUUCGGUUAUAGCCUUAAUUGGGUGUGAAAAUUUCCCAGAUACUAAAGCUCCAGUUUUGGGAGCACCUAAUUAUUUGCCCGACAAGCUAACAACGUAAAUCCAGUAAAGUUUGAUUAUAUUUGCACAAGAGUUUUGGGUUUUCUUAAUGUUCAUUAAUGUUGAUGAUUUGUUAUUAGUUAGUUUGCAGAGCAGUUACAAAGUAGUUUUAAAGGUGAAUUUUAAAUUACCUACAGUACUUGUAAAGAGACUGCAUUUAUUACUGUAUCAUAAUGUUUUGCAGUUAUAACAGAUGAUGGCAAAGGAUACUUGAUGUUGAUUUGAAGGAUUUGGUCAAUCAAAUUUAAUAAUUAUAUUAGAAUGAAUGUAGAGUAGGAAAUAUCUUGUGGCAUGUUCCAGUAUUAAUCUUGGCGUUCUUUACUGAUAAAAAUCAAAAGUUUUACGAGUACACUAUAAAGUAGAUUACUGUAUGUGAUUAUGAAAAGUAUUUUUGCAGAAUAUCUAGAGGAAAUCUCAACUCCAACAUGCCUGGAUGAUUAUUUUACACACUUCAGGAUGUAAAAGCUCUAAACGAUUAUGUUCCUUUGUAUGGGGUUGGUUUCCAUGAAUAUAAAAUGCAAAAAAUAGUUAAUAGUACAAGCUGUUUUUUCUUCUUUGAAAGAUGAGCAGUUAAUAGCCUUCAAAUCACUUGAAAGGAAUCCUUUUUUAUUCAAGUAAUUAAAACCAAAGAUUCUUUUCCAAACUUAUUGACCAGCUUAAGCUCUGUAUGACUCCUUGGUAGAAUCUUUAUCUCAGGACACCCAAGCUGAAGAAGGAAACUACAUUAUUAGUUUCUCAUUUCUCCCUUUGGACCAGAUAUGUGUUCAAAUUUUAAUACUUUGUCAAUUCCUAUCUCCCAAAAGUGCAUUUUGUAUUUUCAGAUAAUAAUGUUGUGCACAGUAUGUACAUGUUCUGUUACUUUUCGAUUUUGUAGCUUCUGGAUUCAGUUGACUAAUUGUUGAAACUAGACUAAUACGAUACAUUUUUUAGCUUAAUUACUGCUAGUUUUUCUGAAAUUUUCAGUCUGUGGUAUAACUGAUGUUUACAGUGGGCCCCCCGUAUUUGCGUUUUCAGAUUUCUCUCUGGAACAUAACCCACCCAUUAUUCGCAGAAAAUUCACAUAUUCGCUGUUUUUCUAUGAAAAAUAUCCACAAAUUCUUGUUUAUUUUUUUUUCAUCAAUGUCGUCAUAAAAUGGACUUUUUGUGAUAAAAUCAUUUUAAAAAACCAGGUAUAAACAUUUUUAGUGGGUUUUUCUUGAGUUUUAACUAACAAAACAGGCCAUUUUAAGCAUUUUUGUAGGUGUUAAUUAUUCGCGGGUUCUAGCGAUUCGCGAGGGGGGUGGGGGGGACGGUUUGGUACGCAUCCCCCAUGAAUACGGGGAACUACUUCAGUGAUAUCGUAUACUUUAGCUUUGAUAAAUGUUGAUCAGAUAUAGGGCUUAAUGCAAGUGCUGCUGUUUCUUGUCAUGUAGUUACUUAAAGGAUUUGCAGUGGUACCAUGUUUACAGUUUGAUGCUUCAUACUACGUAUUGCAUUAGACCUUUUUAAGGAAUAGUAUUGUCUGUGUUCACUGAGUUGAAAAUUCAUUCACAGAGCACAAGUGUUAUGGGUUGUUUGGAGGACCAGGAAACUAACAAUGCUCUUGCCUUUUUAUGUUCCAAGUGAUUGAUUAUCAAUAGUAGAUGGUUGUUAGUCAGUGGUCCAAGUUUUGAGUAUUCAUGAAAUAGCAUUUGCUAUGUGAUAGGUUUGAUUUGCACACUAAAGUUCAUGUAUAGAUUAGUUCAUAUACUUGGAAGACAGCAUUGAAAGCUUAAUUGCUUACCAGUUGAAUAGCAGCUAUGGUAGCUGUAAUCUAUUUGAUAUUUUUGGUUCUCCUUUUAUGUAGCCAGGUAUCUGGUAUUAUCAAAGGGAUGUGUGUAAACAUUUGUUGCUGUAUACAGCUCAGGUGCUUUGUUUGUGUAUGCUCUAGUUCUAUUAAUGCCAAUACAGAUUAAGAACUUAUUGAAGUUAUCAGAUUUGGAAAAUGCUUUUCAAGUAGAUAGAGCAGUAUUAGCAGUGUUUAUGACCUGUGCUUUGUUGCCUCAUAAGAACAUUGUAUUUCACUAGCUAGGCUUUGUUGGUUAUAAUUUGCUUUAUGUUGACCAAUAUUUUGAAGUUUGGUUCUGUAAUGCACCCAAGGGCAUUAUUAUUGGUGUAUUAAAAAGAUGAUCUAAGGUAGUUUGUGAUAUGACUUGAAGAUUCAUGAGCAAUUGUUUAUAAGUUUGAUUUUAUGUGAAUGCUAAUCAUAGGGAGCUCUAAGCAAGCAUUUAAAUGACCCUGCUUUGUGAAGUUGAGUAAAAUUGAAACAUGAUUAAUAAUAGGUUCUAUGUAUUUGUAUAAGCAGAGUUAACAUGGAAAAUGAAAACUAAAUACUACUGGACAGCAAUUUGUGUGAGAGGAAGAGCACAGAGAAAUUCAAAGUACUAAAGUGAUGAGUUACAGUGUAAAGUACAUAUAAGAAUCCUAUGAAUGUUGAAUUUUGCUGGUAAGCUCUAAUAUUUAAAAGAUCAAUAAAUUGAUUUAAUUUGAAGCUGGUGAUUUCAAGUUGGUUAAAUUAUGAUAGUGCGAACUGUAAAUUGAAUACUGUAUAUAUCAUCAACCUUCCAAAGAGUCCUUUUUAAGGGUUCAUAUCAACAGUGGAUAGAAUUUAGAAAGAAGGAAGAAAAAGUAAAAAUAUUUUAAAACGGAGGAAAGAUAUUGAUGUGUUAAGAGAAGGCCCUUUGCCUCGAAAUAUGGCACUGUGAUUGUGCAGCAUAAUUUACAAUAUUAGAAUGUCGAUAUCAGUAUAAAGGUCACAUGACCAAUUUCAUAGUUGGUCCGGAAUUAUAAUUAAAAGAUACCUGGUGAAGGUACCUAGUUUUUAAAGUGCUUUAUCCUUUAAAGCAGUUGGAGUAGAAUGUGUCUAAUUUAUUAUAUUUUUAAUGAAUUUCAGUAUUUAAAAUGCGAUACUUUGUCUGCUUCAGUCAUUAACAGAUCCUUUGUGAGAGCUGGAAUAAGAAACUUGAAAACUUCUUUUUGUUAAGGGUUGAUAAUUAAAGUCUCCAGUAGGUGAUGACCUAACAUGAUAUUAAAGUUAAGGUGUCCAGGAUGUUGAAAAGAAGCAAGUAGAGAAAUGAUCUGGAAGGGUUUUACUGUUGGAUUCUUAUAUGCCUGUAUUUUUACAAGCUUAAUUUUUUAUAGAAUUUGUUCAUCUUGAGGGAAUUGCAUGAUGGAAAAGUUCCCUGUUAGAUAUGAUGUUGGGGUUUUUAAUUUUCAAUUAAAAAAUUAGCAUAUGAUGCAUGGAAUGGCUGUGAAUUUGGAGGUUGGUUAGAGGUGAAUGUAUUAUUUCUUGAAACAUGAGUAGAGUGUAUCAUAUAGUACAUAGAAUGAAAAUGAUGAAUCAGUUUGGGGUGUCAGCAUAUCUUAAAGCUGAUACAUAUGAAGGUGCUUAAAGUUGAUUUUUUUUUUCCUGGAAAGGAUACAUUAUUGUAACUGACCAGGUAGUGCUGGGCAUUUUUUUAUGAAGUUCUGUAAAUGCAGUACUAUUAUUAUAUUUAGGACAAUUCAGUACACCUUGGAAGUUUUUUCACCAAAUUCCAGUACUGUAUAUACGUACCUAGAAUUUUCCAUGUUUUUCUCAGGUGGAAUUGUAAGUUUUAAUAUCCUGAACAGUAAUUGACAUUAUGCUCUUUGGGAGCAAGUUUUUAUUUUUCAUGUAAAUUGUUUAGGUAGAUGGCAAUUUUUUUAUUUAAAAAAUUUUAUUGGUUCUGUAUAGGUUUUGUAUUCUUAAAUAUUGUUAAGUAGCAUAAGUAUUGGUACUUAUACUCUGAUGGCAAUUGGUUUGAAUAAUUUGAUAUUGGAGUAAAUGUGAUAAUUUGCUUGUCAGUUUUGUAAGAAGUGUAUUGUUUGGUAUUUAUCAUUUGUAUGAUCUUCAAAUUUGUGAUGGAGACAUUAUUUUAUAGGCCUGUGUUUUAGAAGUGGAAUUGCCAAUUGAGUUUUAGAUAUUUCAUACAGGGAAGUAUGUCCACAAUGAAUGAGCUGUGUUUAUUGUGAUAUAAGGUAAUUAAUUGGAUUUUGUAAGCUUAGAAUGCCCUAUGCAGUAUUCCUAAUACAAUAUAGUAUAUGUAAAAAUGUGCCUUGUCAGUGUUAUGUUUGGCAUACAUUUCAUGUACUACUGGUAAUUUUUUUUUGCUGCAAUUUGAAGAUUCCAUCAAAAUUGCAAAUACAGUAUCUGCCUAGCUAAGUUGUUGCUGGAUGAUUGGAGAGAAAUUCCAGCAUGGGGACUGUGAGGUCGUGGUGCUACUAGAAGCUUAAGGCUGUGUUUGCUGAAUACCGCAUGACUUAAUUUGCUGUGUUUUGUCUUCCUAGCUUCUUCAGUAGGUAGAUAGCCAUACAGGAUGAUGUGGCUAAAUUGACUGUGCUUAAAAGCUACUAUUCAUCAUAUAAUAAGGAAAUAUUUAUAUUUUUCAAUUAAAGAUUAACAUUGAAUAUUUGUGUUCAGAUAGAUGUUUAGCAGCAUGUGUUGUUCUUGCCUUGAAGAUGUAGUAUACUAUUUAUGAAAGAUUAUAUAGAUUUGAAGUUUGUGCAUGUUUUUCGCUGUUACCCUGACAUUUCCCUGCAUUAAUAGUAAAGUAAUUCUUUCUUUUGUAUACCUGGAAUAUGGUUUUUAAUUGUAAAUGACACAAUGCAUCCUGUUCACUAACAGUGUUAUUGCAGAUAUUUUUGAAGUACCCCUACUGUAUAUGACAUUUAUUGUUGUCUGGUUACUGUAAGUGUUAGGGUUAACAUGAAUUGUGAAUUUUUAUAAUUUAGUUAUGUGCAGCAUAAGUAUUUCAUUAAAUAGGUAUAAUUAUCUAUGACUUUCAAGUCCCACACAGUAAUAGCACAGUACAAUGUGUGUGCUUAGCAGGGGGAAAAUGUGUAUUAAGUUGAAGCAUACUCCUAUGGGCUAUUGUGUUUUGUUUGUUAAAGCCGAGUAAUAUCCAUGGGGAGAGGUACUGACAUUAAUGGUAGCAAUGAAAAGUACAUGUAUUGCUCUUAAAUUCUGUAGGAAAGUACGUAUAUCCAAUAUUUACCACACGUUACUUUGCUUGUUAAAAAAUUGAAUGAUAAAACUUCAAGAAAUUUCUUUUGUGUUCAUACAAUUUUGGACCUUGAAUAAUUGAAGAUUAUGGUAAUAUCAUGGAGUAUAGAUAUUCAGUAUGGCAGUUUUAUACUAAAGGGAUAUCCAAUACAAAGUAAUGCACACAGUACUGAUAUUUCAUGGCAAUGGCAUUUUUCAAACUGCCCAUUAAUAAUUGAGUCGUAACUUGUUUUCGCAGUCACAGAAAUCUCCAGCUUCUUUUGAUCAAGAUCCAGAAAACUUGUGUUGCCCUUGAGCUGUUCAGAUAAGUAGACCUCUUUUUGUGCUUACGAUUUGCUACAUUUGUCAACACUUUUUCAUUAAAUAUUCACGUUGUUAAAUUUUUCAGAAUUCAGUUGGGCAUACUAUAAUGAAUAGUACCCAAUUAAUAUAUUUACAAUAUUUAUAACAAUUUCGAAUGGCUCGAAUAUUUAAAAAAUGCCUACAUGUUUUAAAAAAUAGCAUUUAUUUCAAGGAGUUUUUAUCUUUAUGUGAACUGGACACAUCUGAUUAACCCAGAGAUUUAGUGACUCUCUUUCAAGAUCCAGUUUCUUAUAAAAGGAAUUUUGUGUGCCUGCAGCAACUAAUGGCAGGAUUAGAGACUGGGUAAGUUAAUUUCUUUUUUAGAAUCUAACUUUAUCAGUGCCUCCCUCAAUUCAUAUCUUAGGAUUUGUACAUUGCCCAUGAAGAUACAGUCUUUCCUCUCAUUUUUCAACAAAUCAAGUCAGACCUUUCGGAGAAAUUUAUGUUAAUAAAUGUUAUUGCUUAUUAUGAGAAACAGCUUGUAAAUUGGAAGUAACUCAUACCAACUGAAGAACCUAAGUAACUUUAUCCCCUUUGUCUGGGAUCUUGCUGAAAAAGAAUAUGAAGGUUUUGGGAAUUGGUCAGUAAGCUUAUCACGAAAGUGAAGUUAGAACCUGAAAGAGUAAACCAGUAAUCAUGGUUGAUGUUCAGGUGGGUAAUUCUUGUUACUUGUAUUCCGAAAUUCCAUAUGUCCAUUCAUUAACACUUUGAAUAGAGUUGGGCACCUCUAUUAGCCAGGAAUAAUAUAUCAUUUGUAGAGCACUCAAGAGAUUCACUUUAAUGAAACAGUUUCUUUCACUGGCUGGUCGUUAUUCAGAGGAGUAAGUAGGGUCUGUAUUGCAGCUGUUGUUUGUCCUAUCACAUUUAAACAAUAAACUAAGUAAAAAAAAACA